UUAUCCGUUAUCUUUAUUAACUCAACUAAUUCCUAGUGAUAUUGCGGGUUUUUCCUUCUUUAAAAUUUCGUUGUUAUGGCGAAUCAGUAACGAUUAUCAUUAUCGUAAUAUCCGUUAUUAAUAUUUUACGUUAUUCAUUAUUGGCUAUUUGGCUAUUGCUAUUGUAGCUCUUACUGCUCUUAGACAUUAGUUGAUAGUUCUUUACCUUUUCGAUUUGGUCAUUUGCAGUUUGCACGUUUUUGUGGCUUCUUCUGACUCAACAUUUAUAUUUUUUUGUUCAAGUAAUAAUUCUACAUUUUCGUCUACAGAUUUAGAUUAAAAUGCCUUCUGAAGUAGUACAAAAAGAAGCUGAGAUUGAUGUCAAAGAGAAAGAUAUUAUUGGAAAAAUAGAUACAAAAACAGGGACAAAAGAAAACGAUUCUCAAGAAUCCAAAACAGAAGAAAUUCAAACAGUUGAUAAACCCGAAGAGCCCGAAAUCACCGAAGAAGAAUUGUCUGAAAGUGAAAACAAAGAAAACGAGGAACCUACUGUUGAAGAUAUUGAGUUGCAAAAAAAACGUGCCGAUCAACUUUUAAUUGAUGGUAAACGUCAUUUAAUAAUUAAAGAUUUUCAAGUAGCUGUUGAUGUCUUAAGUGAAGCGUGCAGUCUAUUUGGAACCAUUUAUAGUGAAUUGGAUGAAAAGUGUGCAGAGGCUUAUUUCAAUUAUGGUUGUGCGCUUCUUGAACUUAGUAAAAAUCAAACAAGUCCUGUUGGACUAGAAGAAAAAGAUGAGGAAGAAAAUGACGGUGAGACUUCAUCUGAAGAAAUGGAUUCAAGUAAUGUGACAAAUGAGGAUAGUAAAGCUUCUGUAUCAAAUACCACUGUUGAAGUAGAAGAAAAAGAAAAAGAAACAGACAAUGUUGAUGACAAAUCAGCUGAAAAAAAAGAUGAAGAAUUAAUUGAAAAAAAAGAAGAAUCAACUGAAAACAAAAAAAUUCUACCAGAGGAAACAUCGGUUGUCGAAGAAGAAAAUGAAGUUAAAGGACAAUUCACUGAAAAAGAAGAAAUGUCUGUUGAUGAAAUUGAAGAAAAAUCCACUGAAAAAGAAGAGGUUUCUGUUGAUGAAGCAGAAAAACCAGAUGAAGAAGAUGUUGGGGAAGAUGAUGUAAAUGAUUUACAGAUAGCUUGGGAAAUGCUUGACUUGGCAAAAGUGAUUUAUAAAAACAAAGAUACUGAAGAAUCAAAACUCAAACUAGCUGAAGUAUUAAUGAAAUGUGGAGAAGUAAGCAUUGAAGAUGAAAAAUUUGAAACAGCUAUUCAAGAUAUGACUGAAUCCUUGGAAAUCCGAAGGUUAUUAUUACCAGAGGACAGUCGUAUCAUUGCUGAAACAUUAUUUCAAUUGGGCAUAGCGCAGGAAUUGGGUGGAAGCGGUGAACAAGCAAUUGAGCUGCUAACUGAAGCAGCUGCUGUUUUGAAUCAAAAAAUUAAAACCUUGGAAAGUAUGGACAAUGAUAAUGAAACAACCCAGGCAGAAAUCGCCGAAGUUAAAUCUAUUAUUCCCGAAAUACAAGAAAAAAUUGUAGAUAUCAAAGAACGUAAAAAGGCUGCUGUCAGUGCAUUGUUGGCAGCUGUGGGUGCUUGUAACGUAGCUACAACAAAUGGUGAAGCAUCGUCAACAUCCAAACAGGCAUCCAACAUUGGCCAUUUGGUACGCAAAAGACCUAAACAAGAGGAAACAGCAGAUGCAGCUCCAAACAAGGUUCCUAAACUUGAUGACUCCUCAAAUGCCAAACAAUAAUUUGGAAACUAUACAUUUGUUUAAUUUAUUAUAAUAUUCCUCCAGUUUUAAUCGUUGGUUUAAUUUUUAUUUUUUAAAACUCCAAAUGAAAUACUUUGUAUUUUAAUU